AGUCGACGAUUCAUUGAUGACAGUAGGUCAAGCUAUAAAUGGUCAUGUGGCAUGGCCAAAAGACUAUCUUACACCUGUUGGGAAAUAUUUGACACAACCACCCACCAAGAAACUUCAGAAGCAACCCGUGAAGAAAAGCUCUGAAGAUUUACUCGGUCCUCCAACACAGCCUCUAAAACACCCUGGGAGGCCGAGUAAGGCAAAAGUUAAUGCAAAGUAUGCCCAACCACGCCAAACUUCUUCCAUUAUUGCAUUUUGGAACUUCGUCAAAAGGUGGCCCAAGUCAUCCAUGCUCCAAUUCCAAGUCCAGAAUGAGCUAUUUGGGGUCGCAGAUGACUCUAUUUGGCUUGCUAAGAGUGACAUUCAAGAAUUGUGCACCAUGCAAUACUUGGGAGCCCAACAAAUAGGAGUUUGGUGCAAGUAUGAUUUAUAA